AUGUAGAUCGAACUAAUUAAUAGCAUAUAUAAUAACAAAGAUUUUAAAUUUAUUUAGAUAUUUUAUUUCAAACUAAUUUAUUGUAUUAUAAAAUACUAAAUUAAUUUCUUUAUUAAAUUAUAUUAAAAAGAUUUGUAAUUUAUAUAUAUUAUCUGACUAUCAGGAUAUAAAUAUUUAAAGAUAAUUAAAAAGUCAAAGUUUAUAUUUAGUUGCCUCGCUUGUUGUUAAAGGUAUUGGAUUUCUUUAUCUUGCAAAGACCCCUCCAUACUCGUUUAAUAGCUCAGAUUUUUUAACAUACCUAGAUAAAUAAGCAAUAUCGGCUAAGGGUAAUAAUAAAUAUGAGUAUUAGAUUGAAUUAAGCAUUCCUAUCACUUCAGAUGAAAUUUUUUCAACAUUUAAAUUUACCAGAAUCACUUUUCUAAUGUUGAGGAAAUAAUGCUUAAAUGUCAUAUUUAUUAAAAAGUUAAGAAAUAUUUAAUUAACUGCUUCCUGCUGUAAAUCAUAAAUUACAAUAAUGUGA